UGUGUUGACAUUGCCAGUAAACUGGGCUCUACGAUGCUCAACAAAAUCCUGAAUGAAACUGUAUGACUUGAUGAAAUUUCUUAACUUGUCAGUACAUUCUGCAGAGUGAGAACUUUUUCCGUCGAAGUUUUGAGUUCUUGUCGUUUUUUGGAGGUGCGCGGAUAUGGAGCAAACUUCCCAUCCGCAAGUGUUAUUACAGCGUCACGAGCGGCGCCGCUGUUUUUCCUUGUAAUUUAGCUCAACGAGUUUCCAAUUAGAUGCAGUCGCCUGUCCUUUUUUAUUCCGUGAGCGCGCGUCAACCAGCUUAUUUGUCGCUUUGAUAUCUUCUGUACCUGUAUUCCACAUUUCACCGUUGAACAUGAGCAAGGAAGCCCCUGGCAAAGCUGUUCCAGCGGCCAGAGCGCCAGUUGCCCCAGCCCCAGCGAAGAUGCCCGCUGGUGCUGGCCCUGCUGGCUUGGAAAAGGAGCUGCAAGACCGUCAACUUGGUCCCGGUUCCUUGAUUGAUCGACCCGUCUCCGCGACGGCAGCGGCCACGAUGGCGGCCGCCGAUCAGCGGGAUAAAAUGGAUGCAUUCGCAAAGCGGUCCGCGGCCAAACGGCGCCAACGCCAGUCUUCUAAUUCACAGUUGAAUGUUGCUAACAAGCAACACACCGAACUGGAGCAACUUCCCUUGCUCAAAGAUACACCUCCGCAUGAACAAGAAGACCUUCUAGUCAAAAAGCUGUCGUUAUGCUCACACGUGUUUGAUUUUAUGGAUGUGACAACAGAUGUUAAAAAUAAGGAGACGAAACGAGAAACACUGUUGGAACUGGCAGACUUUAUUUCUGCAUCGAAAAAUGUUUUGAAUGAUCAAAUUUAUCCUGAAGUGGUGAAGAUGGUGGCCAACAACUUGUUUCGAGUGCUCCCACCGGCUGAUACUCCAGACUACGAUCCUGAAGAAGACGAUCCCUCUCUUGAAGCAUCUUGGCCGCAUCUUCAGAUUGUUUAUGAAUUCUUCUUGCGUGUGCUGGAAUCGCAAGAUUUUAAUCCGCAAGUCGCCAAAAAAUGGAUCGAUGUGAAAUUCGUGUCGCAGCUGUUGGAACUCUUCGAUAGCGAAGACCCCAGAGAAAGGGAUUAUUUGAAAACAGUGCUUCACAGGAUUUACGGCAAAUUUUUGGGAUUGCGCGCCUUUAUCCGCAAGCAAAUUAAUCAUAUAUUUUUGAAGUUUGUUUAUGAGACUGAGCAUUUCAAUGGUGUUGGCGAACUGCUCGAAAUCCUGGGAAGCAUCAUCAACGGUUUCGCACUGCCUUUGAAAGCUGAGCACAAGCAGUUUUUGGUUAAAGUGCUUAUUCCUCUGCAUAAAGUGCGAUGUCUCGGCAUGUACCACGCUCAGCUUGCGUACUGCAUUGUACAGUUUAUCGAAAAAGAUGCCACUCUGACAGAACCAGUUAUCAAAGGAAUGCUCAAGUAUUGGCCCAAAACGUCUUCUCAAAAAGAAGUAAUGUUCCUUGGGGAAAUCGAAGAGAUUUUGGAUGUGAUAGAGCCGGUGCAGUUCGUUAAAAUACAGGAAUCCCUUUUUAAGCAAAUCGCCAGAUGUGUGGCGAGUCCUCAUUUUCAGGUUGCGGAACGGGCAUUAUAUUACUGGAAUAACGAAUAUGUCUUGAAUUUGAUUGAAGACAACUGCUCCGUUAUAUUGCCUAUAAUGUUUCCGGCUCUUUAUAAAAUGAGCAAGGAACAUUGGAACCCGACAAUUGUUGGACUUGUUUAUAAUGUCCUGAAAGCUUUCACGGAAAUGAAUUUGAAGUUGUUUGACGAGCUCACUGCGCAGUACAAAAAUGAUCGAGCAAAAGAAAAGAAAAGAGAUAAGGAUAGAGAAGACUUAUGGACCCGCUUGGAUAAACUCGCAGUGAACGAUUCGACACCGAAUGCAAAAGAUCGGCCAUCGUCAAUGCCGCCUCCUUCUUCGACCCCCGUGAACAGCGACAGCGGUAGGAAAUCGAGUUGAGUCAAUUUAUGUUGGUUCGAAAUCCGGGAGAAGGAUCCCUUGAGUUUUUAUCAUUGAUGUUAAACUUGAUCGUGACUGUAUAUUUUCGGUGCGGCUUUGUGCAUCGGUUUGUGGUUCGGGAUAGUAGAAAUCUAAUUGUGACUCUUUCAUUUUUUCUUUGGACAAAUGUAACAAAGAUUUUCAUACGUUUGAUAUGAUACCUAACGUUGUGGUUGUGGCUAGUAUGCUUGACCGGAUCGUUCCAAAUCUGCUUUUGACAUGUUGUACUGUAGCAGUAGUAAUAACAUUAUUGCAUAUUUUUGCUUAUUUAAUUUAAUGAUUUUUUGAUACUUAUACUAUAUUUUGUUGAUGGGAUCUGUGAAAAUCGACUGAUACUGGGUAUGG